GGGCUGGGGGCUUUGAGGCUCAGCCGGGUGUUGUGCCAGAGUGAGGAGUUGCGGUACACAGGAAAAUCUGCACCAAGUGCUGGCAGGGGAAGCGCUGAACGAGGACGCAGAGGCUCCUGCCUCCUCUCCUGCCGGCCGGGUGCAACUCCGGGUGCAACUCGCAGCCAGGUGGGGCAGAAGCCGCAGGCGUGCUGAGAUCUGACGCCUGCGGCUAGAGACGGGACGCAGGUGGAGAAAAGCACUUCCGACAGACCGCCCAGAGAGAAGGGCCAGCGGGCUGGGCGGGUGCGUUAAGAAUGUGGUCUUUAUUUCGAAGUCCGCAGGGCGCUAUACCUAGCAUCCGCCCGCAGAGUGGCCUGCGGAGACUACACCCGGCAGAGCUGAAGGGGACGGAAGGAAAUGCCUCCGCACUGGACGGAACAGACUGCACUCAAAGGCCUGGGGCACCGCUUACUGGGCCGGCGCUGGAGGUGUGCCUCUGCCCGCUCGGUGAUUGGGCGAGGGCCCAGAAGGGACGGCACCUGCGCGGUAAUUGGACGCCGGGAGCCCCAGGCCGCGGCGCGAGAUCCGAGCGGGAAGCCGGCUGCAUGGGGCGGCCGCGGUGCCGGGGGGACCGGGGGGACCGGGGGAACGCGGUCGGGGCCCUGCCCGAGGCCAUCGCUGCGCUGAGUCAGACGCUGCCUGCCGGGCCCAGCCCCGAGAUCUUCCGCCGCGCCAAGUUCGACCGUCCGGAGGCGACCCCGGCGCUCUGGCAGCUGCUCUUCCGCGUGCUCUCGCCGCUGCCGGCAGACUGCGCCUCGGCCUCCACAGGCUCCCCGGCCUCCCCGGCCCUGGAGGCCCAAGUCCGCCUGGUGAAGUCGGCGCUGCGCUCCCAGGGCUACCCCAGGCAGGCGCUGGCACAGCUUCCCGAGGACGGCUCCCAGGGCAGCCGUGAGCUUCUGCUGGCCCUGGCCUGGCUCCUGGCCCGCGGGCCCUUGCUGGAGCAGCUGCUGGCCCAGACGCAUGUGCGGCUGGGCGAUGAGAUACCCCUGUGCGAGUGUGAAGCCCUGGCCAGUCUUGGCCCACCCGCACCCCGGCGGGAAGCAGAUGGCCCUGUGGACAUGCGCCACUUGCAGUGGCUGAUGGGAAAGCUGCGGUUCCAGUGGCGAAAUCUGAGCACCAGUCAGCAGGAGCAGUGUGCCCUCCUGGGCAAGAUCCACUCCUAUACCCGCGGCUGCCACAGCGACCGCAGCCUUGGCCACCUGUCUGUUGCUGAGACCAAGCUGCUCAGGGACCCGGAGGGCGGCCGGCAGCUGCUUCGGAGGCUGGAGAGCGAGAAUGCGCGCCUGGAGGCCGCCCUGGCCUGGCGACGUCAGGAGCUGCUGUUCUGGCGCUGGAUGGAUACGGUCUUGGGCAUCUGCCCCCUGGAGACCUCGCCGCCCACGUUUCUGCCCAGGACCCCCGCGUCAGGGGGUGGCGAGUUGGAGCUGGUGGCCCGGGAGUUGCAGGCCGUGCACGAGGAGCUGCAGGGAGCUGCGGAGUCUCGACGGGCGGCCUGGGAGGCCAGGGCUGGAGGCUGGGGGCCCGAGUGGAGUGCUGUGCAGCGGGCCUCACAGGAGGCCGUGGGACGGGAGCUGACAGCCCUUCAGUGGGCCUGGGAGAAAGGUGGGGCCCUGGCCCAGCCCCAUGGGCCCCACCGGCUGGUGAAGAGGGACGCCGGAGCCUCAGAGGGCCCAGGCCUGCGGGCUGCCGAGGUGAUUGGGGCGCUGAGGAGCCAAGAAAGCUGCCUGGAGGCCGAGCUGUGCCGGCUGCAGACACAGUGUCGGCAGGAGCUGGGCAGGCUGGCCAGAGCCACACCCGGCCUCAUCUGGAUCCCGCCGCCUGCUCGUUGAGGGCCCGUGGGUGUGCUCUCCUUGAGGGGCCCUGCCCUGAUGCCCUGGCUGGGCCUCGGAGGGGCAGGUUUCAGGGUGGCCCUAGGCAUGAUGCAGGCACAACCCCGUGAUGUGCUCACCCUGAGCCCCGGGCUGUCUGCGCUUCGGGCCCAGCCCAGACCCUUGGCCAGCAGUACGGGGCACAGGCAUGACGGCCCCAUUGUGGUGUCCGUGGGCAUCCAGGGUCAAGAGAGCAUGCAGAAAUAAGUCGUAGAGGCCUCGCUGCAGGGCUGAGGCUCUGUCUUGCCCCCCUCCCUGCCCGAUUCCUGUCUGGGGAGGGUCUGGUCUGUGCUCAGCCCCAGGGGAAGGGGACCCUGGGUCGUGGUGGCCAAAGCUGGGUGGCUCCAGGGCCGCCCCGGUGCCUGAGGGUCAGGCACAGCCUGCAGCAUGGGCUGGGCACCGGUGUCCUGGGGGAGGCAAUAGCCCUGAUGCCCCGUGCACACUGUGUCCUGGGCCCCCACUGCAUGCCCCACCUGUGCCUUUGCCUGGUGUGUGUGUGUGUGUGUGUUGGGCAGGGACGCUGGCUGGGAGCCUGGGGGUGGGAUGCUGUUCCUUUCCUGGGGGCGGUGCUGGGGGUGAGGGGGAGGCCACUGUGGACAGAGGGGGCUUUGUUCAUGAGACUGUUCAGGGAGCUGGGCUCAGUCCUGACAAAGGGCCAUCUGUGUCCGGGGGAUGUGCCCCCAGCUUGCCGGAACAGACUCGCCUCCGUCCCAGGGGGCUCAGACUCAUCUGCCUCCCUCGCCUGGCUCCCCUUGGCUCCCAGUUGAACCCUGCUGGGCGGGCGCAGGGCCUGUCGGCUGCCUCCUGCUGCCAGCCAGGUCAGGCCCGCAGACACUUCCAAAACCUGGGGCCCCCGGCAGAACGUUCUCUCAGUGGCUUUUCCUGCCUGGCUGGGGGUGUGCUGCAGCAACAUCUGGGCUGGUCUCGGCCACCCCGGCCGCCUCCCCGUCCCUUGGGGCCCUCCCUCGGCACUGGUCAGACCAGGCACACUGGUCAGGAGUGCAUCCCUGACCUCCUCAUUGGCCUGGACCCUGGAGAGUCUCUGGCCUGGGGUCCCUCCCUCCCUCCAAACCACAGCCCCCCUCCCAGCUCCUCCUCGGGGCUCCAGCUGUGCUCCAGGGCACACGGGGCCCCGACCCUCUGCCUGCCGACCUCCAAAUGUCUGAAGUCCCUUCUGGAGUCCCUGCGGCCGGCCCUCUCCACCUGCCAUGCCCUCAGCCGUCCUGACCACUGGAUGGGACCCUUCUCAUCUUGGAAACAGUGCACUCAAAACUCCCUGCCAUCCGGGGACUGCUGUUGAGCCAGGACACCGUUGGCCCCUGGGAACUUGACGUUUAGAAGCCAAAUGCAAGCUCAGUAUCACCGAGCUGCUGCUCUUGUCAGACCCAUCUGUGGAUCCAAUACAACCCCACUCAGAACCCCACGCGUGUCUGUGCGGCUUUGGUUUGGACUCUGGGUUACACGAGGUGGGACAGGCCUCGGGAGGCCCAGUCUGCGGGGGGCGAAGCGCGCUGAGGUGGCCCAGGGAGCAGGUGCACUCUGGCUGCUGAGGACACCGCGGGAAGGUGGCACACGCUCAGUGGCUUCAGAAGCAGAGACGUGGGGUUGCCUUUCUGUAGGUGGCAGGAGGUGCGGGACCAGCCCUGUCCAUCCCCCGCAGGCUGCCGUCUGUGACGCUCCCCCGCCUCCCCUGUGGUGACACCGCAGGUCCACAGGCCUGAGGCAGCCCCUGGGGCAGAUGCAGGUGCUGAGCUUAUGGGCACACGGCGGCCCGGCCAGCGGGGGCAGCAGGGGGCAGGCGGGUGUCUGUGAGCACGGCUCCCCAGGGAGACGUUCAGGGCCGCGCUGGCCUCUUCGGUGUUUUAUGGGAUACGGUGCCAGCAGGACCCACGGGCCGGCCCUGCACACAGGUGCGUCCGCUUCACGUCCGGCACCCGCGGCUACGUUUCCCGUGCCAGCUCCCGCCUCCUGGCCCUGACCUCACCACCCACUGGCCGGCUUCCUGUCCCUUCAGGUCAGGGCCUCCUCACGCUGUUGGUCGACCUUGGCCAGACCUGGGCUUGGGGCGGGGGUGCGGCUGGCUGGGCUGCCGGCCAGUCGGGACGCCUUCGGGUGGACAGCUGUGGGCGGGGUGUUCCCAGUGUCCUGCUCUCAAAGUCCAGAUUCCCGGGACUCGACGCUUCUCGGCGGCACACAGGAGAGAAAUCCGGCCGGAGGGGCACAGCUGGUGGCCCAGUCCACACCCAGCCCCUCGCCCCCUGCCCGGGUCCUGCCCUGCAGUUGUUGCCCCCAGCCCUACCUGGGUCCCCACACCGCUGUGUCCCCCACAGGAUCUUGGGUACUGAGUGUGGCCGGCCGCCGCCCUCCCCUUUGCCCCUGCUUGGCCGAGCUGGCUGUUCCCCACUCAUCCGUCAACCAGGAUUCACACAGUGUCCUGGGGUGCAGAGAAUGACCCUCAUGAACAGGGCGGCCGUAGCCGUGUGAUUGGGGUUGAGGUGUCAGAGAGGGUGGUGGUCGGAGGCCUGGAGGACGGGCACUGGUGACCAUGGAGGAUGGUCAGACAGAGGAAGCAGGGUCUGUGUGGAGGGGGGCAGCACAGCGCUGAGGGGGGACAGGGAGAGGCAGGGGCUGCGGACUCCCCCGGCCGUCGGGCUUUUCCAGAAGGCCCCCUGUGCUGCUGGGUGAGACGUGCUGGGGGUCACAUUGGGGGGGCAGGCUGGGGCCGGGCGGGUUCCGGUAGAUUUGAGGUCCAGGGUCGUGGCUGUCUUGGUUGUGCGGCAUGGGAGCUGACGGCGCUCUUGUUUUCCCGUCUGGUUUACUCAGAUGAUUAUUUAUAACAGCCAAGAUUUGUUCCCUUCCCUUUUGGAGACAGUUUUAAAAUUUUGGUGGUAAAAACCUGGCAUUAAAUUUACCGUCUUAACCAUU